UUCCAAGCAAUGUUUAAAAAUACACUGCAUGCAUACCCAUACACCCUUCCGCACCUUUAAUUGGAGCAGCAUUGAUAAAGCAUUCUCAUCUUCUUACACCCAUCAUCUCUCUCUUUCUUUCUUACAACAUCAUGCUGGGCUUCGAUAUCAAGGCUCGUAGUGUUGACUGGUCAUACUAUGGUGGCGCAGAAGAACUUCCACCUUCGAUGCGUAGAAGGACGGCAACGAAAAUCAUACAAGAAUCUCAAAAUGCGGCAGGUCCGUCAAGAGGAUCAUCUAGAAUCUCCUCUUCUUCUUCUUCCGCUUCUACUUCAUCAUCCCAACAGAAUCACAACGAAUCUGAUUCACCCAUCACAAGCGACGAUGAAGAUGAACAAACGAAGAAAGCGCAAGACGUUCAAAAGCUAGACGAAAACGCACCCGGUCAUGCUUGGGCACCGAAAUAUAGUUCCGAGCCACAAGAUGCAAAUGACUUUUUGUGGCUCUUGACAGAGGAGCCACAUAGAUCUCGUCGAAUGGCAAUUCUAAAAGCACAUCCUGAAGUUCGAACACUGAUGGGACAUGAGCCUUUAACAAAAUAUAUCUCAGCAGCUGUUGUGGUUCUUCAAUUAGGCUUGGCAAUGUUCUUUGCCCAUAACAACGUUCAUCCUCUUCAUUGGUCUUUCGUCUUGACAGCUUAUGUGAUCGGUGGAACAGCAAAUCAGAACAUCUUCCUUGCCAUUCACGAAAUCACGCACAAUCUCGCAUUCCGGGGUAUCCUCGCCAACAAGCUAUGGGCAAUCGUAGUGAACGCACCAAUCGGUAUUCCUUACGCGAUGAUGUUCAAACGCUAUCAUAUCGAACAUCAUAAACAUCUUGGAGAAGAAGGUAUCGAUACCGAUCUUCCUACUCGAUUGGAAUUAGCAUGCUUGAAAAAUGUUUUGGGAAAAGCAUUCUUUGCAACUUUUCAAAUCUUCUUUUAUGCUUUAAGACCUGGAUUUGUACGAACGCAAAAGCUGACACGGUAUCAUAUCAUGAACUUCAUUUUUCAAUUGGCCAUCGUUGACUUUAUUUUGAUCAAGUAUUUCGGAUGGACAGCAUUUUUUUAUCUAAUCGAAAGCAGCUUUUUUGCUGGAAGUUUGCAUCCUUGUGCAGCCCACUUUAUCGCUGAGCACUAUAUGUUUGGAGGUAUUCAACAAGAGACAUGGAGCUAUUACGGUCCUUUGAACAUUUUGGCUUAUAAUGUCGGCUAUCAUAACGAACAUCACGAUUUCCCAAGCGUUCCCUGGACACGCUUGCCAGCUUUGCGCAAAAUGGCACCUGAAUAUUAUGAUGUGCUCCCACAUCAUACUUCAUGGCCUUUGGUCACAUUGCAAUUCAUCUUGGGAGAGGACAGUGGACUUUUCGCACGUGUCAAACGACUCAACAAAGAACAACAGAAUGCAAAGUCUGCUUCUCAUACAGUCACACCAACAAUCGUUGACGGAGAGGGUAAUGCACUAGAAUGAUGAUGAUGUAAACUCUUCCACGAUGAAUAUAAAGUUUUUGUUCCCUCUUUUAUCUGCAAAAGG